UUUUGUUUUGCACCGCUCGUCCAGCACUUCACUGGUGGCCGCUGUGUAUCGUGCGUUAUUUCAUCAUGAACGAUAUCACCGACAUCCGCUAUGGGCCGUUGCCCGCUGACUCGCCGUACGUUAAACCAUUUCGCUUCCAUUACACCCAAAACGGAAAGCAAAAAUCGUGGGACCUGCUGAAAGUGCACGAUAGCGUGUCGAUUCUGAUCUUCAACGUGACCCGCCAGAAGCUGGUGUUUGUGAAACAGUUCCGUCCAGCCGUCUACCAUUCGAUCCUCAGCCGAGACGGAGUGGAACCGGGCAGUAUCGAUAUGAAGAAGUACCCACCGGAAAUCGGCGUCACAAUGGAGCUGUGCGCGGGCAUCAUCGACAAACCGCUCUCGAUUGCGGAAAUAGCCCGUGAGGAGGUUCUGGAGGAAUGCGGAUACGAUGUCGCGGUGGAGCGUUUGGAGGAAAUCGUUAGCUAUCGGUGCGAUGUUGGCACUUCCGGUGCCCAACUGACGCUGUUCUAUACGGAGGUCACGGAUGCGGACAAGGUGUCGACGGCUGGCGGCGGUGUCGGUGACGAAAUCAUCGACGUAGUCGAAUACGAUAUCGACGAGGCGCGGAAGCUAACGACGAAAGGAACCGUCAUCACCAGUCCGCCGUCGUUUCUGUUCGGAUUGCUCUGGUUUCUCACGAACCGGGCUCCGAAAGGUGUCUAAUCUGUGAACAGCACUGUGAUAGGUCGGCGUCAAGAUGCCGCAAAUGUUGUUCCUCUUGUUUCGCGACGGGAAAUAAAAUAGAAACGCAAGUUCGUUC